GUGGCCCCAGAUGGCCGCUUGACGUCAGAGAGCGGGAGGGCUGGCGGGAGAGAGCAUUUUCCCCCUAGAGCAUCUACUCUAUCCCUUCCCGUCAGCGGCAAACAACGUCGCUUCUAUGAGAGAUUACUGGGAUCUCACAAUCUUCAACAUUUACCAGAUAACCACAGAGGCAGUUUGUGUCCCUAGAUGGAUUCUGUCUGUGAUCUGAAGGUGACCUAAAGAAUCACUAUUGAGCACUGUAGCAUAAGACAGUCUGAACCUUCACUGAUCAUCAAACCACAAGAUGAAGAACGAAAUUGCUGCCGUGGUGCUUUUUCUCUCAAGCCUAAUAAAAAAGAAUGGCAAGUUAAAAAAGGAAGAGAUUGAUAGGUUUUCCAAUGCCUUAACCAAAUUUCUACAUGAUAAAUACGCUGGUCACUGGUAUCCUGGAACACCAACAAAAGGACAAGCGUACAGGUGUAUUAGAAUAAACAAGUUUCAAGGUGCCGACCCUGAACUAGUAAAAGCGUGCAUUCUCUGUGGUUUAGCGUACGGCGACCUCGGUUUACCAAAGGAAAUCACGCUAUGGGUGGAUCCAUGGGAAGUGUGUUGCAGAUAUGGUGAAAAAAACCACGCCUUUAUUGUGUCAAGCUUUGAAAGUGAGGAUGAAGAUAAGGCUGAAAUCUCACAGAAAGUUAGUUUUGUUGCUGGUAAUAUUACCUCAGAUUAUCACUCUGGCUCCUCCUCAGAUGAAGAAGUUUACGUAAACAGUAAAAAAGGAGCUUCGGUGAUGCCAAACACAAAUGGCAGUUGUCAGAUACCAGAAUUUGUGUUUCAUUCUCUACCUGCAUGGAGCAAGAUUCCAAAGAAAAAGCAUAGUUCUCAGUACAACUAUCAUCCACGUUUUGCUUCUACUCAUCAACACCCUCAAGGCAACAAGGUGUAUGGGCAUAUGCCGUGGCUGCCUACAAUCGUUCAUAAUGAAAGAAAUCACUGGACUAAUCUGCAUAUAGUGACCAAUUGUCAUCACUGUUUGAUUUGAUUAACUAAUACUGUUGCGCGUGUGAUCAGAUGGACCAAACUGUCUUUUCAAGACUUAUAUCUAUAUAUAUCUUUUUUUUUUUUUUUUCUUUUAAUUUGAUGAAAACUGGUUGCACCUUAAUAUAUUCAUAGUACUUUGGGAAACACUUUUGUUAUAGUUUAUAUAUAGAUAAGUGCCUAGGAUUUUUAAGAUGUUGAAUUAUAUUUAUAUAUAGUGACUUGCACAGAACCAUGUUAAGAAAAGCUUAAUUUACUGUACUUAGAAUUUUCUAUAUUGAUCAUAUUUAUUCAGUUAAUAUUUUAUAUAUAAAACUAAUAAAUAUAAAAAAAAAUUAUUCUAAAGUGAAAACCGUGCCUUAGAAUUUGACUUCUAAUAGUGUUCUAAUUACAAUGUAAUGAUAUAUAAAUGCUAAACUUAGGUUGUCACAUUAGUAGUAUUAAAUAUACUGCAAAUAUAUUCUGAA